AUGCGGACUGGCGGCGGCGACGGGAGGUUUGCGCAGGAGGAGCUGCAGCGAGCCUUGCAGCAGGGCCGCGACGACCGCAGACGGCGACGACGGGCGAGAACGAGACAGGACGGAUCAAAGGGACGCCUUUCGCAGGACUCGCAGGACUUGCAGGACUCGAGGAGCGCUGUUUCAACGGGGGUCGACGGGCUGCUGGUGCUGUUUUGGGGCGGCCGCCAGUGUCAGUGGAAGAGGAGUAGAAGAGACGACGAAGAGAAGAAGAAGAAGAAGAAGAAGAAGAAGAAGAAGAAGCAGAAGAAGAAAAGAAAAGAAAAGAAAAUGACAGAUAUAAGAUGGUGA